UUAGGCAUGCAAAUUGCAAAGCUUAUCCCCAUCCUUUGUCAACUUCUCUUAGCUCCCCAAUAAAACGACCACUAUUUCGUGGGCAGUGUCACCAGUCACCACGAAUGUUGUUUCAAUGAGUUUUCUUUUUAAUUUUUGCUUAGCGUUCGAGUGAGUUUUUAGGGCACGUGAGCAGGUGCUUUGAGCCGUUUCACCGAAUCCAAAGUACAAAAGGCAAAGGAAGAGGAGUUGAAUGCAAAAGUCCCCUCCCCAAUUGCUACAGUCAAAAGCCUCCGUACAAAGGUCUCCUCUGAGGCUCUGACACUUGGCCCCGGGGUUUCCUCUCCUCGUAUUCCCGAAAACAGGAUCAGCCUUUGGCAAAUAAAAUUAAAGAAAAUGCACUCUCUUUGUGUAUAUUUUAUACGAGUACUACAUAUGUUAUAACGCAGCGUCCAUUACUCCUGUAGUUUUCAGUUUAGAAUAUGCCCCUUCUUCGUUUCAACUAAAUUAACGCUUCAUUUUAGUUAUUAACGAGUGCAUCCUCGAUCAAAAUUACAACACUGCCACUCCAAACAACCGUCAAAAAAAAAAAUCUCCAGGUUAACAUUAAACACCCGCUCCAUGUUCCUCCACGUGUGUGGUCCUCAGUGUGUCAAUCAAUGUCAACUACACAUGCAUGAUUUUCCACUUCCAACACUGGAAAACUCUAAAACGGGACAAAAGCAGGGGAAAGUACGAAUCUAGACCCUUCUUGAACUGCACCAAAAACAAAGCACUAGAAGCCUCCUGUCCUAUUCCUCUUGUACUAUAUUAUAACCAAACUCUCUCCUUUCUUGCAUGACAAUUUUCGCUCCGCUUCUAAUACUCAAAUCUCGCACUUUGAGAAAACUCUAAUGUCGUCCUCUCUCUCUCUCCCUAUUGCACCCCCUCUAAUCUGCAAGUCUCGAGACUCGUCGAAGGAUCAUCAUGCUUAUGCCUGCAUCCCAAAAUGGAAUAACAAAGAGAGUCCACAUUCACAAGCUGGAAUUUUAGACCUGAAACUUAGCAGGAGAAAGCUUCUGCUUUACACUAGUGCUCUGGGACUGUGCAAGCCUGCAAGGGCAGAGCCAGAGAGCCCAAACGCUUCCAGUUCAAGCAGAAUGACAUACUCCAGAUUCUUGAAGUACUUGGACGAAGAUGAUGUGAGGAAGGUGGACCUCUUCGAAAACGGCACGGUGGCGAUCGCCGAGAUAUACAAUGCAGGCUUGGACAAAAUUCAGAGAGUGAAAGUCCAGUUGCCGGCCGGUGGACCGCCUGUGGAGUUACUGAGAAAAAUGGAAGAGAGGAACGUGGACUUGGCGGCUCAUCCCGUGGAACUGAAUUGGUGGCCGGCGGCACUUGAUUUGUUAUCCAACUUUGGAUUUCCUUUGAUAUUGCUCGCAUCCCUGUUCUUCAGGACAUCAACCAAUAAUCCUGCAGGCCCCAACUUGCCCUUUGGACUUUCAAGGAGCAAAGCAAAAUUUGAGAUGGAACCAAACACGGGGGUAACAUUUGAUGACGUAGCUGGGAUUGAUGAAGCUAAACAAGACUUUCAAGAGAUCGUCGAGUUUCUAAAAACGCCAGAGAAGUUUUCUGCGGUUGGUGCAAAGAUUCCAAAAGGGGUCCUCCUAGUGGGGCCGCCUGGGACGGGGAAGACAUUGUUGGCUAAGGCCAUAGCAGGCGAAGCUGGAGUGCCUUUCUUCUCUGUAUCAGGCUCAGAGUUCAUUGAGGUGUUUGUGGGGAUUGGGGCUUCACGGGUCAGAGAUUUGUUCAACAAGGCAAAAGCCAAUUCUCCUUGUUUGUUGUUCAUUGAUGAGAUUGAUGCUGUGGGGAGGCAGAGAGGCACAGGCAUUGGAGGCGGCAACGAUGAAAGAGAACAAACACUUAACCAGUUGCUCACUGAAAUGGAUGGCUUCACUGGCAACACUGGGGUCAUAGUUAUCGCUGCUACCAAUCGACCUGAAAUUCUCGAUUCUGCAUUGCUCAGACCUGGCAGGUUUGACAGGCAGGUGAGCGUUGGAUUGCCAGAUAUAAGAGGGAGGGAAGAAAUAUUGGAAGUUCACAGCAACAACAAGAAGCUAGACACGGACGUGAGUCUCAGUGUGAUUGCGAUGCGUACUCCAGGGUUCAGUGGUGCAGACUUGGCAAACCUGAUGAACGAAGCUGCCAUUCUUGCUGGAAGGAGGGGCAAGCAAAAGAUCAGCAUGAAGGAGAUUGAUGACUCCAUAGACCGUAUUGUGGCUGGCAUGGAAGGAACCAAGAUGACUGACGGCAAGAACAAGAUUCUCGUGGCUUACCACGAAGUUGGUCACGCUCUCUGUGCGACAUUGACACAAGGUCAUGACCCGGUGCAAAAGGUGACUUUGAUUCCAAGAGGACAAGCCAGAGGGUUAACGUGGUACAUGCCAGGUGAAGAUCCAGCUCUGAUCUCUAAGCAACAAUUGCUGGCAAGAAUAGUUGCAGGCCUAGCAGGUAGAGCAGCAGAGGAAGUCAUAUUUGGUGAAUCAGAAGUGACCACGGGUGCGGCUGGGGACUUGCAACAAGUCACCCAAAUAGCAAGACGGAUGGUGACAACGUAUGGGAUGUCAGAGAUAGGACCGUGGGCUUUGACUGAUCCUGCAGUGAGAAGUGGUGACGUGGUGCUGAGGAUGAUGGCUAGGAACUCAAUGUCAGAGAAAUUAGCAGAGGACAUUGAUGGCUGUGUGAAGCAGAUAAUAGAGACAGCGUAUGAGAUUGCUAAGGAUCACAUAAGGAAGAACCGUGAGGCCAUUGAUGAAUUAGUGGAUGUGCUGAUGGAGAAGGAGACUCUCGCGGGUGACGAAUUCAGGGCCAUCUUAUCUGAAUUUACAAACCUUCCUUCCCUUCACAUAGAUAAAACCCCUUUCCGCCAAAUGAUUGGAGCUUAAACUUGAGUGUAUAAGGAUUUAGAUUUUAUAUAUUUAUGUCGUUG